CAGCAGCAGCAGCUCAAGCGUCUCGCCAGCGCCGCCGCGGUCACACAGUCAUCGUGAUGGCUGCCGUGUGGCGAGCUCGCAAAUUUGCCCGCUGUGUCGUCCGCUUCUCUGAUCGUGAUCUGUAAAAUACUCGCUGAAAGCACGACUUUAAACGAGCUCGCAAAAUAAGCUGUUAUGGCUGAAAGCAACCAAAACACUGUUGAAGAAGGGCAAGAUGAAAACACAGAGGAUUCUAAUCUGCAAUUGGAGCUCAGUGCUUUUCGGGCAAAGUGGAUGUCUGAGCUUCAGCCCAGCUCGGGUGGAAAGAAAAGCGUCCCUAAAGCUGCUGACCUGAAGAGGAGACAGGAGAUCGCUAAAGAGGAAAAGGCCCGAGAGCUGUUCCUGAAGGCUGUUGAGGAAGAACAGAGCGGAGCAGUUUAUGAAGCCAUCAAGUACUAUAAGAGUGCAAUGCAGCUGGUGCCGGACAUUGAGUUUAAGAUCAACUACAGCAGAACUCCUGAUCCGGACCACGGUGGCAGCUACUUGGAGGACAACGAGAACGAUCGGAAGAUAGACGAUCUACUGACGUACUUCCAGCAGCAGCUGACUCUGUGUGACGGCACCAUGAAGCUGUGUGAGCCUGAGACCGACACGACUCAGCUGCACAUCUCAGCUUUGCCCUUCGAGGUGCUCAUGUAUAUCUUCCGCUGGGUGGUGUCAUGUGACCUGGACCUUCGAGCCCUAGAGCAGCUUUCUCUGGUUUGCAGGGGUUUCUAUAUCUGUGCCAGGGACCCUGAGAUUUGGCGGUCUGCCUGUUUGAGGGUGUGGGGACGGAGCUGCACCAAAAUGCUGCCAUUUUCAUCCUGGAGAGAGAUGUUUUUGGAAAAGCCACGUGUACGCUUUGAUGGUGUUUACAUCAGUAAAACAUCUUACAUCCGUCAGGGGGAAGAGUCUCUCGAUGGCUUCUACAGGGCUUGGCACCAGGUGGAGUACUACAGGUACUUGCGCUUCUUCCCUGACGGUCAGGUGAUGAUGUUGACCACACCUGAGGACCCUUUGGUCACCGUCCCAAGGCUGCGCAGCAAGAACUCCAGGGUGGAUUCCAUCAUGUUUGGCCAUUACCGGCUGUCCCAGGAUACGGACAAUCAAACCAAAGUUUACGUUGUUGUCUCCAAGAGAAAAGAAGAGCAGAAGGUGGCAGAGUACCAGAGGAGCCGGUUCUGCAGGCGGAGCCCAGCCCCUGAAGCAGAGCGCGCCUUCCAUGUAGGACUGCAGCUGUCCUCAGGGGGGCGGCAGCGCUUCAACAAGCUGGUGUGGAUCCACCAUUCCUGCCGCAUCACCUACAGAUCGACUGGAGAGACAGUUGUCACUGCAUUUGAUGUAGACAAAAUGUACACGCCUCUGCUUUUUGCACGAGUGAAGAGCUACACAGCCUUUUCAGAGCAUCCACUGUAGGACGACCCAAGCCAUGCAUGCAGUCACGACUCGACCCCUCAAGGUUUACCCCUCCAUCCAUCUGCUCUCCCUACUGCUUCCAGCCCCAGGCUCUUUCUUUUGAAUGUACAAGAACGCUGUGACGUUUUCAGAUUCCUACAGUCUUAACUGCAGCUCAAAGCAUUAUGUUUUGUUUUCAUGAUAGUGUAAGAUCUGUCUUGCUCAUGUUGUAAAGAUAAAGCUACAAAAUAUAUAUAAGAUUGUCUGUAAGAAGUCGACUGUGAUGAAUGUUCACUUUGUUUUUGGAAUAUGCCUUCUGACAACUGGAACACCCAAAUAAAUGAGCUAUAUUGUGUUUUGCUCUCUUUUCUUUUGCGGGUGUAAAUUGCGUUGUAUAAUACCCGAAGUCAAAUUGAAGAAAUAUUGGUAUUUGUAGUUUCAUCAGAAUGUUUCCUGUAUGACUGCUGUCACCAUUUCAGCCCCUCUCUUCUCAACAGUUGUUCUUGUUGAUUGUUCUGUUCUAUUCUGUAAUUAAUUAUAAGGGAAGGGUGUUGUAGACGGAUUUUCUAACAUCAUUUUCAGUUUUUCUCGGCUGGACCCUGCAGUUUGAACGUCUUUGAACCAAGCACCCUUCAGAAAUCAGGUCUAGAAUUUGAUAAAGAGGACAGAUAUAAUCCAACUAUAACAUGCUCAGAGAUUUGGGGACUGAAGGGGAUUUAGUUCAAGGGGAAUUGUAUCUGUGACGAUAUCAAAGAGAAUAUAAAGCUAUGAUAAUAUUCUCUUUCCUUUCUUUAUGUUAUUAUAUGAUUAUUUGUCCUAGUUUGUCAUGGCCAUGGUUAGGGAAGUUUAAAUUUGUGAUUUCGAAGUCUGAAAAGUUAGGGUUAGGUGCUUAGCUCUUAUUUCAUCUUCUGCAAACGUGCGGAAACUCGAUUUAUUAUUGUAGAAUUCAGUUAAAAGCCAGUAUAUAAAAUAACAAGUAAAUAAACACUGACACAUGAUUUAUUUCCAAAUAAAAAUCACUUUAUUGGGUCUGAUGUUAACGGCCUACUUCUUGUAUCAGUACUUCUGUGAUACUACUGUGCUAUUAGCAAAUGGUAUCUUGUACAUUGGUCUAUAUUUCUGCACUGAAAGCAUGAAUUAACAGCAUUGUAUCAUUUGCCGGGGAGGUAUUACAGUAAUGCAAGAUAUCAUUACUUAUCCUAAAUAGAAUACUAACAGAGAGAAUGGCUUGAUUAUUAUAUCAUAUGAAGAACUGGAACUGUUUAGUGUUACAGUAGUAGCAGUUUUCCUGUAGUUCUUUGCUUAAUGGUUUAACACACGUAAAUGACACUUUAACAGCAGGCUAGAUUAAGGAAAAAGUCUGUUCAAACACGAGGGCAAAAUUAAUGUCGCUUGACAAGAUCUGGAAUGCUGGCACAAAGAAUGAGUUUGAAACACACUGGAUACUGAUUUCAUGCUUUAAGUGGCUCUUUUUUUGCCUGAAAUGCAGCAUUUUCAAGGUCUCAGAAAGGAAAGGGAAAGUGUUAGUUAUACAUGUGCUUUGUAAUUACAGUGUAAGCCAUUGUUCAUUGUUUUGUUAAAAGUGAAAGAGAUGUGCUGGAUUCGUUGUGACAUUUUUGACACCG